UCAGUGAUAGCCAUUAGAAAGAUAUGUCUGUGAUAAUGCAAGGGGAAGCCCACCCGAAACCUCAUCUUUCUUCACAUAUAUUGUCCUACCUGGAUUUGUUUUACCUGUGAAUCAACUGUGUACUCUAGGUAGAAUUAUACCAACAGGGCGAGACGGCCCAUACAUCAUUUACCUGAGUUUUUUUUUAGAUGUUAUACCUGUGAUUUACGAAGGUAUUGAUAAAAAAUAUGGUAUAACCUAAAUAAUAUCGACUAUCAAGGACCAUCUGGUGAGCUGUCCGGGACGGUACUCUGUCGUAGGUAAAUACAGAGAAACCAUACAACUGUGGCUACCCAGGACUGACCAAAAGUGGACACGGAUAUGCCGUGUACGUCUGACAAGGAUUUCUUAGAGAUGCAAACUCCUGCGAAAAUCACGUGCAGAGAGGGUAGCAUAGAUACGGACCGUGAGUCCAUAGAAACCAGUAGUACAUCCCCGGAUAUUAGUUCGGACGAACGCCGGAAAUAUCGGAAACGAGGAGUCAAAAACGAACCGAACAGAGGAGACAGUCCUGCUCUGAAUAGUCCCGCAUUUACUGAUGACGAGAGCAUUUUGGAUGAAGAGGAGAAAACAGGAAAUGGUGACAUCACAUCAGAUGAGCAACAGAUUCAAAAGAAGACUGUUGCACAGAUCAUGAGGGACAAGAAAAAACAGACAGCUCUCACGCUUAAAUGGCUUGAAGAAAACUACUGUAUAUGUGAAGGUGUGUGUCUCCCCAGAUGUAUACUGUACGCCCAUUACCUCGACUUCUGUCGCAGAGAGUCCUUAGAACCAGCAUGUGCAGCUACAUUUGGCAAGACAAUUCGACAGAAGUUUCCUCAUCUAACGACGAGACGACUGGGGACACGGGGCCAUUCAAAAUAUCAUUACUACGGCAUUGGAAUACAGGAGACUAGCCAAUAUUACCACUCAGUAUACACGGGCAAGGGCCUCACGAGAUUUUCUGGAUGCAAGCUUAAAAACGAGGGAGGAUUCACACGGAAAUACACAUUAAGUUCGAAGACGGGAACAUUGUUGCCCGAAUUUCCCAAUGCGCAAUAUCUCAUUCUUCCUCUAUCUGUUCCCCGAGAAAAGGUAGAGACGUUCGUGAUGAUGUACAAGACCCAUUGUCAAUGCAUUCUUGACACGGCCAUUAAUGCCAACUUUGAAGAGAUUCAAAAUUUCCUGCUUCAUUUUUGGCAAGGUCUGCCUGAACACUUACUUCCGCUGGUGGAAAACCCAGUGAUUAUCGAUAUCAUUGCUGUCUGUGACAACAUCCUUUACAAGGUGUUAACUGAAGUCCUUAUCCCUGCUACGAUGCAAGAAAUGCCAGAAACAUUACUGUGUGAUUUACGGAACUUCGCCAAACAUUGGGAGAACUGGGUGUCCACGUCACUGGAGAAUCUCCCUGAUCUUCUUUCUGAAAGUAAACUUCCGGUGGCACGGAGGUUCGCCCAAUCAAUGAAAAGACAAAUAUCAUUUCUUCACCUUGCUCAGACAGCCCGCCCGGUACUAUAUGACGCCCAGGUUGUCAACCAAAUGAUUUCUGACGUAGAAAGGAUAGAUCUCAAUAGCAUCAGUACGCAUGCGCUAAAUACAAACAGCGACGGCGACAUUGAUACAGAGCUCAAUGCAGAAUUUCUUAGAGAGUUUAAGGAAUUGUUACGGAAACAGGCGACGGUAGAAGCAUGUACGGAAUGGCUGGACGGAGUGGUGGAGUUAAAGGUCAUAAAGCCUAGUAAACAAAAUGGUCGAUCCUUUAAAAAGCGAGCGUCGUCAUUCCUGCUGAAGUGGUCAUUUUUUGGAGCAAGAGUCAUGCACAACCUUACCCUCAAUAACGCGACGAGCUUUGGAUCAUUUCACCUGAUUCGGAUGCUACUUGACGAGUACGUACUGAUGGCCGUGGAGACUCAGUUAGCUAUGGAGAAAGACGCAGAGAUACAAUCCCUACUGGAAAAGCACAUGAAAACAGAUGAUACAGGUGUCCGUCCCAAUCUGUCUACUCAGCCAAGCACGUGCUUCCUAGCUACAAGGCGAGAUAUGACUCCGAGAGGAAACAUGAACAACGUGAAAAGGGAGCACUUCCUGGACCCACAGUUCAACGGGAACGGACUCUACAUGGGUCUAAAUCACGAGAAAGACGCCCAGGCCAUGAUGUCGAAUCACCAUCUCAAUUCACUUACUGCUAUGACGCAGGCUGUACCCGGAAAUAACAAUCUACAACAUACGCCACACAGCCCGUCCCCUAUCUCACCCAUCGUCGUCAAUCCUAUAAGGAACACUGUCAUCAACUCGAACCUGCCCUAUAGCAACAGUAACCAGUCCUUAAUGGGCCCCGGAUAUCCUUAUUUAGGUCAACUCUCGGAUUAUAACGGGACACCUAACUACGCCUUGGGGGGCUAUAACAACGCCUACACAUCUAGUGCAUUCAGGUCUCAUAUCGCGCACUCACCUUAUACCGUCGGUAAAGACCUCGACACCGGAUAUUCGGCGUUUACAGAUCCGGACUUUGGCGCUGAUGCAUUCUUUAAUCCUUCAGGCUAUAAUGGUAUAUCUCAAUCAAAUUAUCCUACGUCCAAUGUCCACAACCAGGGUAGCAGUGCUUUCAACGUCGUACAGAGUAAUCCUACGUUCAACACUCCAUAUUCAACAUCAGAUUACUACAAUCAGGGUUACCCGCAGCCUUCCAAACCCUUGGUGGAGCACGUGUCUGUGAUUCAGCAAAGGAACCCUAUCCCGUCCCCUUUUCACAACGACAUGAGCGACCCUCUCAACCUACUGGACAAACCCCAACGUCACAAAGACCUUCAUCUCUAUAGCAACGGAAGUCCUGCUAGCUGUCACAGUCCAAGAAUGCAUCACGAGGGUUUGGGUCAGGAUAUCAUAGGAAUGGCGGUCAGUGGCAUGUUGACAGCAGACCAUGACAUUUCUCCUAAUUUUAAUGACCCUGGACCCCUACCGUCAAUCAACACAGUAUUCAUGACGUGACGAAAGUUGAACAAGUAAAAAUGGAAGUUAGAUCCCUACAUGUUGGGGUCCAAAGGAAUAAUAAUGCGACCCGCUCGAAGUAUCAUGUAUACAGAAGAAAGGAACGAGUAGUUCACACUCCUUAGUGUUGUGAAAGGCUUCUAAUCGUGAAGACAGACUCCUAGCUGCGCAUGAAGGAAACUUUUCAAAUCCUGGUCCCCUCCCAUGGAUACAGUCUGGAAAACCUUUCAUAUCCCGGUAACGGAGUAUAAUAUACAGGUGAAGGCUCAGAGAAAAAACAAAUACUUUCAACAAACAUCAAGUGAUGGUUUUCCAAACAUCAAAGGAUGGAUAAACCAACUGUGGAUCGAAAGUCAAAUAUUUAGUAAUCCAAAGGACGUCGAACUGAUGGUGCUUGGGUUUAACCUUUCGUGGUGACAAUUUGUUAUCGAGAUGAGUAUUUAAAGACACGUGAUCCUGGUGUUUUGUAAAUUGUAUAUUUUCUGUUGUGGAUAGUUCAAAGGGAGGCAAAUCUGACAAAAUAUGGAUUCGAAACUCGGCAAUAUGAUUUUGUGUGUGUGUUUUCCCAGAUUUUUAUGAUUGUAUUACAUUAGAUAAGGAAGUGAUUUGCGUUUUUGAAUAUAUGAGAGACAUUUGUGAGAUUCCAUAUUUAUAAAUGAGAAUGUUGCUGAUUUAAAAGAUUUUAAUAUAUAUAAUUAUGAUUUAGUUCUUGCCCAUCCUUAUUUUUACGUUGCUAUCUAUAAUUGUAUACAUGUAUGAAUGAGUUGUCAUUUUGUAGACAUCUCGGAGCUGGUGCAGAUCUGUUUCACUGAUAUAUAGAUAUAUGUCGCUACAAUCAUAGGCAUCUGAAUUUGACAGGGAAUCACAUGAUUAUGUAAAUUACAUAUAAAGACACGUAUCUCACUAAGAUUUUACUGACAUCCUUAAACAUUGUGUCGUAUAAUGUGGUGACGAAUCUUGCCUUAGUCAAUAAUUAUUAUACAUUUAUAUAAUUCAGAUGCCUGUGCUAUUAUGUAUAUAAAUAUACUGUAGAUUGUAACAUAAUGUAAAUACAUCUUAGAUGCUGUGGUCUUGCCAUAUUUAAUCAAUACUGAUUCAGCAAUAGUAAGUGUGUAUGUAAUAUAUGCUGCUUACCUAUACAAGUACAUUACCGGAAAUGACGUGUUGUCGCUUAAUUUCUUUUACUGUAAAUCACAAAGAUGUCGUUAGUCAAAUAUUUUUGAAAUUAUUUGCAAGUCCAAUGUAAGCAUUCAAAUAAUAGGAUAAUUGCAAUUGUUUAGACAUGAUAUGCAAGAGGUCAAAAUGAAAUGCACUUCUACUGAAGAGGUCAAAUUAAAAUGAAAAUUAUAUUUUCUUAUAUUUUCCAAAUUGAGAUGAAGGAAAUUGAACUUUUCGAAUGUAGAUUAAAGUAAAACCAAUAUUUAGUUGUUUUUCUUAGGAAAAACAGCUAAAUUCGUUUUUGUGUUGGCGGUACAAUGUUGAGAUUAUUGUGACAAAUCCCACCUAGCUAAUUUGGGGUACGUACCUGUUUUUGAUGUUAUGUCAAAUGCCACUGACUAUCUAAUUGGAGUAAGCCAUCCCGCUGAUAUAAUUAUGUAUAAUGUCACGUUAUAUGUUUAUUUUAAGCUCAUAUUGAUCCUACUGGCCUUCAGUAAUAACAAUGUCUGUGUGUCCUCUCUACAAGUCCCAUGUAUUGCUUUGAACAGCAAUUGCAAUGAAAACCUUAUGAAUUCUUUAAAUCGAUAUUCACAGUCAUAUUUAUGGCCGUCAAAAGUAAAUACAGUGAUAAUUCAUCUAAUAUGAAUUAGUAAAAGUGCUAGAAUUUCAUAACAUUAAAUAGGUUGGCAGUAAGUCGCUGCAUAAUUAGAAAUGUAACCAAUUAAUGGAUUUUGUAACGUUUAAGAAUCGACGUUCCUAAAAAGAGUAGUUAAACAACAGGUUUUUUUUUAUAAUAAAUUACUGUUGACAUUAUCUCAUGAAUCUAUCACAUGCAAUAUAGAAAAAAAGAAUGCAAUUUACCAUUAAUUUCUGAAAUGCAAUACAGGAGAAUGCUCUUCAGGCAAUGUUUAAUGUCCCAGGCCGGUGUUGCGCGUAAUAUUAUGUCACUGCAAUGCAAUCUCUCAAACCGAUGACAUAAGUAUGUAAUGGAAACAAUAAGGUUGUAGAGGUACCAUCAACUAAUAAUCAUAAACACUGAAAUAGCGAAAGGAACAGCUGGUUCUAUUGUUAGACAUUAAAUGUUGAUAUUUUAUGAAGAUAAAAAAAAUCAUUGCAAAACUGUUGCUAGCAUAAGAAAUUAACGCCCUACAUAAAUACAAUAUUUUGACAAAAGACAUUCCCAUUUAGGUGGAUUAGCUCUCAUGUUUCUAACUUUGAAUUUGUAUAGAAAUGUACCAAGUAAUUUUCGCGAUCGAUCCACCCAUUUGUAGUUCAAGAUUACGCAAAUUGAUAUCUAAAUCAUACGCAUGGGGGCAUUUUUCGCGUAAUUAGCGGAAUUUUUCCCCUUGAGUAAAUUACCACAUUUACAGUAUUUUGCUAUUGAUUAUUGAUGUAAAUAAAAGUUCAAACAAACAAAUGAUUCUCAAACUGAGUUGCCUCUGAGACGAAACAUUCCCAAUUGAAUUGUUCAUAAGGAAAACAAACAUUCCUAGUUGUUUUAUUGCGAAUCAAUAUGUUUAGUCCCUAAGAUUUAAUAAUUAUAUUUGUGAUAGUUAACAUUCCUGGUUUAAUUUUUGAUUUAAACAUUUCUCGUUGACUUUCCGAUCUACUCUUGUAAUGUUAACCCAACUCGUAAUGACAAGGAGUUGCGUUAAAUUUUAAUCUGAUCGUGAUUUACCUGAGACAUAAAUCAAUAUUUCUAGAAAAUCCAAACGAAACAUCAACUUCAAAUUAACUCAAAUUAACAUUAACCAGCCAAAAAAUAUGUAUUGUUGUAAAGUGUGUGCCCCACAGAAAAGGAAAGUAGAUUUUAAGGUGUAAUUUUAGAACGGAGUGUUAUUUGUUGUCUAUAAAACAGGCAGCGAAAUCAAAUACAUAACAGACACGUGGUACAUAAACGACUGACUUCGGUUUCUAAUAGAAAGAGAAGGGACAAAGGGAAUUAUUUGAUGGAUACAUGUAUGAUUAUAAAUCAUAUAUGGAUGUGAGUUGUGAUUUUAAGAUAACCUUAACUGAUCAAUGUUUUAUAGCUUGUAAAGACAGUUUUUCAUGCAGGAUGAACAUUGAUGUUUUUGACUUACCACACUUUAGUUUAUUCAGAAUGAAUGUGUUGUAAAUAGAUUAUAAAUAGUAUCAAAUUAGUACCUGUAUGUACAUUGAAUGUACACCAACAUGACGCGGUAUGAUAAUCACCUGAACUUGAAUAUUGUCAUAUUGAUGAAUGAUGUGAUUUAAAUAAAAAAAAAACUCAUCAA